AUUUAUAAACACUCCUUUUUAACCCUUUCUCAUCGUUUUGUUGAAAAAGUAAUAUUAUAAAAAAUGUAAAUUAAAAAUACUUUUUACUUUAAUUUUUUAAUUUGAAAAAAAAAUUAGAAUUGUCCCAUUUUUGUUUGGCUGUAACGAAUUGAAGUUAAACUUUACUUUCUCACAUAUUGUUGAGAAACGGUAAAAGAAUUUUGACAAAGUGAGAGGCAAGUGACGAAGUAUAUAAAAAAGUUCAAAUGGUCAUUUAAAAACAUAUUUCACCGAUUAUUUUGAAAACGAAAAAUUGGACUCUGAAAUUGAUAAAAAAAAUUGUAAAAAAAAUGUCGACAACACUAUCGAACGAAGCUCAAAUGCGUUACAUUGUUGAAUGGUUUCAAGAAUGGUCUGAAAUGCAAAGAACCGAUUUUCUUGGAAUAUUUCUUGAACGUUGCAGUCCAGCAGGUCUUGUUAAUGGUUUACUCUCGGGACUUGAGGGAUUAUGCAGUAAAGAUGACAUUGAUCGACCACCAAGUUUAUUUCAAUGUCGAAUUAAAUUAUUUCGCGAAUGGAGUCAAAAUUGGUCGCAACAAGAAAAAGAUUCACUCACAGUUUCAAUAAAAAAUAUUGAUCCAAAAUUCGCCGAGCAAUAUGAUCAGAGGUUAUCUGAUUGUACUGCCGAUGGCGAGGAAUAAUUUUUUAAGGCAAAAGAAAAGAAAUUAAUUAAUUGCCAAAAAAAAAACAAAAUUUGAAAAAAAUAAUACUUUUUUAAUAAUAAUACUUUUUGAGAAUUGUAAGUGAAACUUUUGGUACAAAUUUUUUUGUUUCUUAGUACAAGAGACUUUUUAAUCGAAAAAUUCAAGAAAGACUGGAUUUUAUAGCUUCAUAUCAUUUUAUCGAAUAUUAUUAUUAUUAUUAUAUAGUUUAUAAUAUUGCUAGUGUAUAGAAAU